GGUGCGGAGAGGAGGAGGAGGAGAAGGCGGGCGGGCCCGGCCCUGCCCUGGUGCCGCCGCCAUUGCCGCGGCCGCCGUGAGAGGAGGAAGAGGAAGAGGAGGAGGAGGAGGAAGAAGAAGGAGAGGGCGGAAGUCGGGCGCCCCCGUGCAGGGCUUGCGGGCGGCAGGGCGCGGCGGCGGCGAUAGGGCGCGGGGCAGUCGGCGGCGGCCCCCUGCCCCUCCCUGGGCGAGGCUCGCCCUCGCCAUGCCGUGCGUGGCCGACUGGCUCAACAACCCCUUCAGCAUCGUGCAGGGCAUCUUCGGAGAGCGCCGAAUGGAUGCCCGAUGCGUGAUGCUAAUACUCCUGUAAACGUGUCCUGUUUUGUAGCACAAAAUGACCCAAACUCUGAUUGGGAAAAGAAGGUAACUGAAUAUUUCAGAGAGAAGCUAAAAGAAAAUAAUGCUACUAACUGGGUUCCAUCACUGAAUGAUGUUCCCUUACAUUACCUAAAGCCCAACAGCUUAGUGAAAUUUCGCUGCAUGGUUCAAGAUAUGUUUGAUCCUGAGUUUUACAUGGGAGUCUAUGAAACAGUUGAUCCAAACACAAACACACGUGUUUUGCAUUUUGGUAAAUAUAGAGAUGUGGCGGAAUGUGGGCCUCAGCAGGAGAUUGAUUUGAACUCCUCACAAACAGUCACGUUGGAGAGACAAACAUUCUACUGCGUUCCAGUGCCUGGCGAAUCAGCAUGGGUGAAAGAAGCAUAUACUAGUACAAGCCAAGCUCGAGUUAGUCCUUCAACAUCCUACACACCAAGUCGCCACAAGAGGAGUUAUGAGGAAGAUGAGGAUAUGGAACUACAUCCAUCUAAACAGAAAGAGCAACAUAUGGGCAAUGUGGGUGAUAUGCAUGGAUGUGGAGAGCCGAAGAGAUUAGAAACUGAAGCUUCUGCAGGACAUCAUCUCAUUUCACCAAACUGCUCCCCUCCACUUGACUUAAAUUUUCCAUUGCCAGGAGAGAAGGGACCAGCCUGUCUUGUAAAGGUCUAUGAGAGCUGGGAUAGCUUCAAAGUCAAUGAUAUUCUGGAGGUAUAUGGAAUUUUGUCUGUGGAUCCAGUGCUGAGUAUAGUAAACAGUGAAGAGAGGGAGAACUCAGCCCUUGAUCCUAUGGAGUGUAUGGACACAGCAGAAGAACAGAGAGUACACAGUCCUCCUGCCUCGUUAGUCCCCAGAAUCCAUGUGAUUUUGGCACAGAAAUUACAACAUAUUAAUCCAUUACUGCCUGCCUGCCUUAAUGAAGAGGAAAGUAAAACCUUUGUUUCUAAUUUCAUGUCGGAGCUGUCACCAGUUAGAGCAGAGUUGCUUGGGUUCCUCACACAUGCCCUCUUAGGAGAUGGUUUGGCUGCCGAGUACCUUAUAUUGCAUCUCAUCUCUACUGUUUAUGCAAGACGAGAUGUGCUUCCUCUGGGAAAAUUCACAGUCAACUUGAGUGGAUGUCCAAGAAAUAGCAUCUUCACAGAGCACAUAUACCGCAUUAUCCAGCAGCUUGUUCCAGCAUCCUAUCGCCUACAAAUGACCAUUGAAAAUAUGAACCAUUCACAAUUUAUCCCACACAAAGACUAUACAGCUAAUCGCUUAGUCAGCGGAGUACUGCAGCUUGCCAGCAACACUUCCCUUGUAGUAGAUGAGACUGUGCUUGAGCAAGGACAGCUUGACACAACAGGUGUACAUAAUGUGACAGCACUGGGUAAUCUAAUAACUUGGCAGAAGGUGGAUUAUGACUUCAGUUACCACCAGAUGGAAUUCCCAUGCAAUAUUAAUGUUCUUAUCACUUCAGAGGGCCGAUCACUCCUACCGUCAGAUUGCCAAGUCCACUUACAACCACAGAUAAUUCCACCAAACAUGGAGGAAUAUAUGAAUAGCCUUCUAACAGCAGUGCUCCCAUCUGUGUUGAACAAAUUUCGAAUUUAUCUAAGUUUAUUGAGGCUGCUGGACUACAGUAUAUCUGAUGAAGUGACCAAGGCUGUAGAAGAAGACUUUGUAGAAAUGCGCAAGAAUGAUCCGGAGAGUAUAACAGCUGAUGAUCUACACAGAACUCUGCUUGUAGCAAGGUUCCUGUCUCUCAGUGCGGGGCAGACAACACUGUCAAGAGAGAGGUGGCUGAGAGCAAAACAACUGGAGGCAUUACGUAAAGCCAGACUUCAGCAGCAAAAAUGUGUUAAUGGGAAUGAACUUUAAUUCUUAAUAUUUUGUGGAUGUCAUUAUGAAUUUGUCCAUCCUAGAUGGAACCCACAGUAAGAUUGGAUAUUGUUUAUACCAGUUUUUGUAGAUAAUUUAUACCAAAAAAAUUAUGGAUAUUUACUCUCAAAGCCUGAACAUACUUAACUCAGUGUUCAGCAAGUUAAACAUAUUUUAUGAGAUUUUUUUGGAGCCUGUUUUGUAACUGAGAAUUGGUAACAAUAAGCAAAUUGUUUGAUAUUAAACUUUAAUACUGAA